GUUCUUUCCGGUCUUCAGUGCGGGCAUUUGGGAAGGGGGCAGUUUCUUCAAGCCAACGCGCGAAUGGAGCGAGAGAAACGUGCAAUGAACAAUAAGAGAGGCCAUGCUCAUCCGCGAACAGCUAAUCCUUUGCAUCGUAUUCUGAAUUGUAUACCGCAAUUAGCUAUUUCUACUGCUACUGUGUUGUUCUUUGUUUAUCAUGCCAGCACCGCUAUCCGUCCCAGCAGCGGGUUCAUCUUUUCCAUAUCCACGUUGGCUCUUUUUAUAUUAUGUUCAACGUUUAUCUAUCUACAAGUGAUCCAUGCUUCGUACAGGAAUUGGCAACAGGAUAGACGGACGCGACAGACGAUACAAAUAGCUACUAUAGCCUCCAUUGUAACCUGUAUCGGUUAUCCUAUUUGUUACUGGCACAUCUUCAAAUGGUUCACGCCAAUCGUGUUAAUUGCUUCCUGUGUGUGGCUCUUCACUGUGUUGCAGAUAUUGACUGCUUUUGUUUAACAUGGUUUAUUUUGUAUCUCCU